GUUAUUAUUUAUUAUAUCUUCUCUGGUACGGAUUUUUCUCUUUCUCUCUCUAUAGAUUCCUUCAAAACCUCACCCUCCCAAUACUUUCUCACUCCAUUACACACCUUCCUCCAUUUUCUCUCUCCUCUCUCAUUUUCUCUCUCUUUCAGCGAGCGACGACUUUUUCAUCGGAGAUGGCCAAGGAAGCGGAUUCUACUGGUGGCGAGAUCAUGCUUUUCGGUGUUCGUGUUGUCGUCGAUUCCUUGAGGAAGAGUGUUUCGUUGAAUAAUCUCUCUCAGUAUGAACAUCGCCUUGAUUCUUCUUCAAACGACGUCGCUCCUCCUCCUGCUACUGCUGCUGGUUAUGCUUCUGCCGAUGAUGCAGUUGCUGUGAAUAACUCGUCUGCUGCUGGUGGUGUUAGCCGUGAACGGAAACGAGGAGUUCCAUGGACUGAAGAUGAACACAAGCUGUUUUUGCUUGGAUUGAAUAAGGUUGGUAAAGGUGAUUGGCGAGGAAUUUCUAGAAACUUCGUCAAAACUCGAACUCCUACGCAAGUUGCCAGUCAUGCUCAGAAAUACUUUCUCCGACGGAGUAAUCUCAAUCGCCGCCGUCGUAGAUCUAGCCUCUUCGAUAUCACCACCGAUUCGGUCACUGUAAAUCAAUCAAAUGAUAAACAAAUCAAGGAAAACAACAACAAUGGCGGUUCUCCAUCUCCACUACCAUCACCACAACAACAACAAUCAUCGAAUUCAGAGAUCUCGACUGUGAGAUUUUCAUCACCAGGAGCUCCGAUCUAUCCAUUAACGACGUCGUUUAGUCAUCUACCUCCUCCUCCUACUCCUACUCCUACUCCUCAAGUAACUGAUCAUGAGAUGAAGGUUGUUGUGUCAACGAACAGCAGCACAAGCAGCAAAUCAAUGGUGGAUUUCGAUCUGAACCAGAAAGAUUCAUCAUCAUUAUCACUGUCACUUUCUCUCUCCAUGACUUCAUCGGAUCUCGCGAAUUCGAGGAACCCUGCGUUUCAAGUUAUGCAAGGGUUCAACAAUGGCGAUAAUAGUAUCAGGGUGGCUUAAAUGGGGAUUAUUGGAUUUGAUUAUCAUUAAUUAAUCAAUGUAAUAAUCUGAAAAAUAUUUUCAGUUUCAAAAAAAAAGAAAAAAAAAGGUAUUAUUAGGAUUUUGGAUGGAUGGAUAAGUUUUUUAUUGUUAUUAUCAUAAUGAUGAUGAGUAAUUAAUUAUGAUUAAGCUAAUUAAGGGGAUGUAGUUCUAAUUCUGAUAUUGAAACUCACUUUAUAUUUUAAUUUUUGUAUUUGUAUUUUUUUUUUUUGUUUCGUUAUUUUGUUGUCUUUGGUGGUUAAUGUACAGACUGUAAGGAUGUGAUGUGCCUUGGUUUUUGACAAA